CAUUUACGGGCUAAAGUAUUCUAGGUUAAACAUUGUUUGUAUUCUUAGUUUUGUUCAGUUCUCCACCUACACUCCUCCUCUAGACAGAUCUUCUGAUAAAGCAUGGAUGCUAUCAGGAAAAAGAUGCAGAGCUUGAAGGGGGAGACGGACACCUUAUAUGCCACCAUUAAAAGGUUUGAAGAGGCCACCAGGGAGUUUGUUGCAAGGGCUGAUCAGGCUGACUGUGAUCUGAGAGAUUAUGGAAAAAAGGUUCAGCAGCUUGAGAUUGGAUUUGAUGAAACCAACGACCAACUACUCAAAGCUACCGAGUCCCUGGAGGAGAAGGAGAAGAUGUAUAAGGAGGUUGAAAGUGAUGUGGCAGCACUCUCUCGUAGAAUCAUGCUCAUGGAGGAGGAAGCGAAGAAAUCCGAAACAAAUUUGGCUGAAACUGUCACCAAGCUUGCUGUUUGCUCCAAAGAUGCUGACAACAUCCUAAAAGGCGUAAAAGUUGUUGAAAGCAAAUGCCUGAACAAUGAAGCCACCCUUGAAGAGCUUGACAAAAAUUUACGCUCCACCACUAAGAUGGCAUCAGACAAUGAACAGAAGCUGGAUGAAUUGUCUAGAAAGCUGGGUGUACAGGAGGGAGAACUCAAGCGUGGUAUUGAGAGAGCUGAACUUGCUGAGAGCAAUCUCAAGAAGGUUGAGGAUGAGCUGGAAGGAGUGGGGGAGAACAUGAAGGUUCUUGAGAAAUCAUCUGAGAAGGCGAUGGAGCGUGAGGAGAAGCUUAUUGAUAAAAUUCUUCAGUUCCAGCAGAAAUUUAAGGCCGCAGAGGCCAGGUUUGAGUAUGGUGAGAUGAACAUUACUAAGCUCAAUCAUAGAAUUGAUGAUAUUGAAGAUGAAAUUUACAGAGAGAAACUCAAGAUUAAGCGUACAGCUGACGAACUUAACGAUACCUUCGAUGAUAUGAUGAAUCAUUACUAGCCAUUUAAAAAAUUUAAAGAAAAAAAUGGUCUUUGUAAAAUUUACUGAAGCAAGUAUAAAAUAAACAUGGAUUAUUGA